AUGUCCACAAGCUUAGAUAUGUCUCUAGAUGAAAUUAUCGCAAAGAAACGACCAUCACGAGCCGGUAGGUCUGGUGGCCCAGCUAGAGGUGGCGGUGUUACCAAACGUUCAAAUGGGCCCAUCAGAACUCUACGGUCUUCACAGACUAGACCAAGACCGUAUGCUGGAACAUCUGUUACCACCUCAGCUAGUCUUAAUGCAACAACCGAAGGGAAGAUUCUAGUGUCGAACCUCGCGUAUAAAGUAACAGAGAAUGACCUUUGGGCGAGAGAAAGCGAUGAGUUUCUUAAUGUUCUGGUGCCAAAGCUGCUGGGGUUACGGUCAAUUAUAAGCCUUAAUCAAAGCGACCUUUGUACGAAUUUUUAUCGUCAACGGCCGUUUUCUUCGCCUUGCUGCUUUUGGAAAGUCAGACACGUUCCUCACCGCUCUCAACUUGUUGCCCCUAUUGAAAACAAUCAACCUACCUGCAAAUCCUACACACGCUCCUUCUCCACAAAACACGUAAUCGACAUCCCCUAUCCCUUCUCCCUUCAGGAACUUUUUACCUCGAUGAUCGGACCUGUACGGCAAGUCAACCUGAACUUUGAUCAGAAUGGUCGUUCCAAGGGUACCGCCUCUGUUGUUUUUAAUAGAAGAACAGAUGCAGUUAAAGCUGUCGAAAAAUUCCGCAAUACCACACUAGACGCUCCUAAUGCCGGUCCUAUAACUCAACGUAUUGGUGGCUUAAAUGAAAAUCGUCCAACAGUUCGCGGUGUAGGUGGGACUCGAGGUUCUACAGCACGAGGAGGACGUAGUACCCGUGGAGGUACCCGUAGAUCGGAUAAUAGAGCAAAACCUACGCAAGAGCAAUUGGAUGCGGAAAUGAGCGAAUAUAUGCAAAUUGAUGAGGAUUCUACCCAAGUCACUGACUCGACAGCAAUUCAAAUUAGUCAAUAA